CGCUCAACUCGUCGCUUAAUGCUUACAUCACAGUAUUCUGUGCUUACAAUAUGUGCUUCAAAAUAUCGGGACGUGGGACAUGGCUUCAUCCAUAGCAUAUGAUCUAAGCUGGCCAUGCUGGCUAGAGUUGCUACAAAUACCUCGAUAAUCAUUUGCUUAGAUUUAACGUCUACUACUAUGUUUCGAAAUUUCGAAAGCUUGAACGACGAUUACAACUACUCCGAUAUACUAUUAUUCCGAAAUUCUAUAUAAAUUAUUGUUAAACUCGUUAUAAAUUGAUACGAUGUGUAACUUACUUCAAGUAUAAUAUGCUAUUACCCGUGGUCAUAUAUUUACAACAAACUUGCUGUACUAUUGACUUUUGCCUUUUCUCCGAAAAUUAACUAAAGAUAGAUUUCCUAACAUAAAAAGAGGAUCUUAUGCUAUGGUAAACCCUACAGAUGUUGACUAUUUCAAAAGCCUUGUUGGCGUUAACAAUUUUAUUACCGGUGAAGAAGUAAAAUCUUAUAAUGAAGAUUGGUUAAAAUCUAUUUCUGGUUUCAGUAAGUAUGUGCUUAAACCAAAAACAACUGAACAGGUAUCAUCAAUUCUGAAAUAUUGUUAUGAGCGUGGUAUAGCAGUUUGUAUUCAAGGUGGUAAUACUGGUCUCGUUGGAGGUAGUGUUCCAGUUUUUGAUGAAGUAAUUUUGUCUACUUCUGCGAUGAAUAAAAUUAUUAGCUUUAAUAAAUUAUCAGGUGUUUUGGUAUGUCAGGCUGGAUGUGUUUUAGAAAAUUUGAUGAAUUAUGUUCAAAACGAAGGAUUUAUAAUGCCAUUUGAUUUGGGUGCAAAAGGCACCUGUCAUAUUGGAGGUAAUUUAGCAACUAAUGCUGGAGGUCUAAGAUUAAUUAAAUACGGAAGUCUACAAGGAAGUGUGUUGGGAUUACAAGCGGUAUUGGCUGAUGGACAAGUUUUAGAUUGUCUUAAUACAUUGAAAAAAGAUAAUACAGGAUAUCAUUUGAAACAUUUAUUUAUUGGUUCUGAAGGAACAUUGGGAGUUAUUACAAAAAUUGCUAUUCAAUGUCCAAAUACUCCAAAAUUUGUUAAUGUAUCAUUUAUUGGCUUAGAAUCAUUUGAUAAAGUAUUGAGUUUCUUCUCACUAGUACGAAAAGAAUUUUCUUCUAGUCUUUCGUCAUUUGAACUAAUGGAUUCUGUAGCUAUAAAAAGUGUACAAAAAAAUAUUGGUAUUAAAUGUCCAAUAAAUGAAGAUCUGAAAUUUUACGUUCUUGUUGAAUUAUCAGCUGAUAAUAAUUACAUUAAUCAUUCAAUUCAAGAAUUUUUAGAAAAAGCUCUCAUUGAAGAAGUAAUUUUAGAUGCUACUGUAGCAGACCAACCAUCGCUAAUUCAAAAUUUAUGGAAAAUCAGAGAAAAUAUUCCUGAAAGUUUACUAAGAUAUGGAUAUGUCUAUAAGUAUGAUAUAACUUUACCGCAUGAGUUCUUUUAUGAUAUUGUGCCUGAUAUAAGAAAACGAUUAGAAAAACUAGAUGUCAAAGCUGUUUGUGGAUAUGGUCAUUUAGGUGAUGGAAAUUUACAUUUAAAUGUAGCUACUAAUGAACAUAAUGAUGAAAUAGCUUCAGCUAUUGAACCUUAUGUUUAUGAAUGGACUAGUAAAUAUAAAGGAAGUAUAAGUGCUGAACAUGGAAUUGGAUUUUUAAAGAGUAAAUAUUUAAAAUAUUCAAAAUCCAAUUUAGAAGUAGAUUUAAUGAAAAAAAUAAAAAAUAAUAUUGAUCCCAAGAAAAUAUUAAAUCCAUACAAGAUUUUUCCUCAAGAUAAUAUUAAUUGAGUUAUAAAGUUAAAU